AUGGCCUCACAUUUGGCAAACAUUUUCGGUACUGAGCAGGACCGAGUCAACUGCUCGUUCUACUACAAAAUUGGCGCAUGCCGCCACGGCGACCGCUGCUCACGCAAACACAUCAAGCCCGCUUUCUCUCAGACCAUUCUCCUUCCAAAUGUAUAUCACAACCCGGCUCACGACCCCGUAUGCAACAAGACCGAGAAGGAGCUUCAGGAGGGCUUUGACGCGGUCUAUGAAGACCUGUACUGUGAGCUUGCGAAGUUCGGUCAUUUGUUGGAACUCCACGUCUGCGACAACGUAGGAGACCAUCUUAUUGGCAACGUGUAUGCGCGGUAUGAGUGGGAAACCGAGGCUCAGAAUGCGGUGGAUGGUCUGAACGACCGCUGGUAUGCAGGACGCCCCCUCUACGCUGAGCUGUCGCCUGUCACCGACUUCCGUGAGGCUUGUUGCCGUCAAAAUGAAAACGGGGAGUGCAACCGUGGAGGGUUUUGCAACUUCAUGCAUCUCCGCCUAGCAUCCCCAGACCUCGUCCGUUCUCUCCGACACGGACAGCGUUUGGAGCGACGCCUGCACCCCCCAACCACGACCGGCGGCGGAGGCUGGGAACCUACGAAGCGAGAGGGCGGGCGUGGACGAAGCGCCAGUCCUAGCAAGCGCGGGGGUCGGCACGAUGGCGAAGACAGGUGGACACGCAAGUGA